AUUCAGAAAAUACUCAAGAUUUAAAUAAUACUGACAAUGAACUUAUUAACUAUGAAUUAAAUGAUUAUAUAGAAAAUAAUGAUCUAAAAAAUAAUAAUGAAUUUAUUACAGAAGAUAACAAUAACCUUAUUACGGAAAAAGAAGAACAAUAG